GCAUAACACGGAAGUUAUUUUUUAUUUGCUUUCCGCUAACAACCGUACCCGUCGCCUAAAUGUGCUUAAAUGUCGUUUUUUUAAGCGGCUCUCUGGUAGCACAUGGCAGCGCAAGAAGCCGGAGGCGUCGGCCGGGCUGCGGCCUGUCUGUGCGUCCUCUGCGGUCUACCUGCUGCGGGGAAGUCCUCGCUGGCCCUCCGGCUCCUCCGCGGCGCGGCACAUCGCGGGUGGAGAGCGAGUGUGGUGCCGUAUGAUGACCUGAUCCUCGGGCAGGCUUUUCACACCAGAGUGGUGGAGGGCGAUGGUGUGAUCUCAAACAAUGUAAUUGUUCCGUCCGGAGCCAACAAUUUAAUUCACACUGAAUGGAGGUUACACAGACAGGCAGUUUUGCGCUGCAUCGAGCGGUUCUUGGAGAAUCCUCAACCUUCGGCUCAGCUGCCGGACGGCUGUCCACUCAACAAGGCAGCGUGGGAACAGUGCAUUCAAGCUCUCCUGCAGUCUGAAGCUGUGGAUCGCUCAGCGGCUGGCCAGGCGCCGCUCGUCCUCCUGCUGGAUGACAACUUCUACUAUCCAAGCAUGAGAUAUGAAGUGUACCAACUUGCAAGGAAGUACUCACUGGGUUUCUGCCAGGUGUAUCUACAGUGUGAUGUGGAGUCCUGCAUCAGCAGAAACCAGACCAGGUCCAAACCAAUCCCCUCUGUCGUGAUAUUGGAGAUGGUGAAUCGUUUGGAGUCUCCAAAUCCACAGAAAUACUCAUGGGAGACAAACAGCAUUUCAAUCAACACCACAGGCAAUUUGUCCACAUGUGACAUCCAGAGGGUGAUUGAGUUGAUCUCUUCCUCACUUUGCAACCCACUGAGCCCGUCGGUAGACAACACUGAACAAAAGGAGGCAGAUCGCCUGAAAUGUGCAACUAGUGUGGUUCACCAGACUGACCAGGCCUGUAGACGGCACAUAUCUGAUGCCAUGAAGACUGCCAGGGAGAAUCAAGUAGCUCCCAAGCAGAUGAGGUCUUUGGCCGCUCAGCUAAGCGCAUCCAAGGCAACGUUUCUCGAAACCCUUCGGAGACAGCUGUUUCAUGAAGCAUCUUUCACUCAGGACGAGGAUGUCGAUAUCGAUCGUGUGGUGAAAAGAGCCGUGGAUGUUUUUGAUCAUGAGAAAAAGGAGAUCUUGCUCAGAAUCAUAGGUGAAAAACAAUGACUGAAUUACUUGAAUCUUUACAUUAAACUGUGUGUCACUCUUUAAUUUAAUGUAAAUAACAUGUCAUUUUGCUGUUAAUUGUGUCAAAGAAAUAAAAUGUCUACUUUUUACU